AUGUUAUAAAUAUUUUUAGUAAUUAACAUACUAUUUGCAAGAAGAGUAAAUGAAUUAGGUUAAUUAUUAACAAGAGAUUAAUUACCAGUUGGAGUCAUUUUGACAAUAUCAUAUGAUAAAUUAUAGGUUGUUUGUAAUGAGCAAGGAUAUUUCCUCUUAAAGUAAGAGAAGUUUGAAGUUGAUGUGCUUGGUUUAUUCAAAUAGACAUUUUAUCCAAGUCCUCUUUAAAAUACAUUCAUCAUUGAUAAUAACAAAACUACAAUACUUUAAAUAAGUGGAUUUGUAAAUCAAUCAGCCAAUCUUACUUUAAAUGUAAAUUAACCUCUGAAUUUGAAAUAAAGAGAAUAUGAAAUUAAAGGAUAAUUCACAAUAAAAAUAGAUAUUAUGAAAUUGCUGGUUUAUUCAGCUAAGGUAUUGGUAUCUGCUGACUCUUUCAAAAACAAUUCAUAAGUGAUUUAUCUCUAUGGUUCAUAUCAAUAUGAUUUAGGAAUUAUUGAACUAAUUCCUGUAGAAAUAGAUGUUAAACUAAAAUUUAAUUUCAAUUUUGAUACUGAAUGUUAUUUAAUGUGUACCAAAUAUAAUGGUAAAUUGUAUGUUUUAUAAAAUCAUACAUAAGAAGAGACAAUAGAAUUUAAUGGAAAAUUAUUUGAUGAAUGGCCAUAGUAAUGUCUUUUAUAUUCUGAUAUUGGAUAAGCAAAAUUGUUAGAAUUGGAUGGACCAAUAUCAGAUUUAACCAGACAUCAUUUAUGA